AUGGCUCGAAAUCGCCGAGCACGUGAGAGAACUCCGGUUAGGGAAGAUGAGCCGAUACCUAGGGGGUUUGCGGAUACUUUUGGACAGUUCUUUCGGCAGAUUGCCGCAGCACUCCCCGGGUCACGUACUGACUAUACUGUGGAGCGUGCUAGGAGGCAUGGGGCUCAGACUUUUGCUUCUGCCGCCUCACCUGUAGAGGCUCAGCGGUGGAUUGACAGGAUGGAGAGAGUUUUCUCCCAGAUGGAUCUUCCAGAGGAUAGGAAAGUGACUUUGGCAGUACAGUUUCUUGAGGAUACCGCCUGGCAUUGGUGGAUUGAUGUUGCCAAUGACCCUGCAAAUGCUGGCCCCAUGACAUGGGAUAUGUUCAAGACCCAUUUCUAUGGACGGUACUUUAGUGAUGCCCACCUUAAUCGGAUGCAAGACCAGUUCUUGAGCUUGGUGAAGAGAGAUGAGCAGUCAGUGUUGGAGUUUGAGCAGGAGUUUCUCUCCUUGGCCCAUCAUGUGCCGGAUUUGGUUCGCACUGAGCAAAGUAAGAUUCGUAGAUUUGUCUUGGGACUUGGAGGAAAGUUUAAGGAUAAGAUGUUAGGCACACCGUACCGGAGCUUUGCUGAGGCAGUAUCUUAUGCCAUGGACAUUGAGUCGGACUCACCUGCUGGAUUUCACCCUAGGGAUCCUGGUGGCCCUAGCCAGGGUCCAUCUAAGAGGGCUACUUCCACAUCUGGUUCUGGUUCUUCAGUUGGUAGUGGAAAGAGCAGUGGUUCCAGUUCGAGGUCCCGUACUAGAUUCAGGGUACGUGACAGGAGAUUCUCUCGGGGUCAGUCUAGUGGACGACAGUUUGGACAGUUUGAGAGGUCCAAGAGUUAUCAUGGUGGUUCGAGUGGGGCUUCGGCUAGCCAGCCAGCCCAGUUUGGGCAGUACCAGACAGCAGGAUGUUUUAUUUGUGGUCAGCAGGAUCACUUCAGGAGGGACUGUCCCCUUGCGACUCAGGGAGCUAGAUCUACCCCCACUCAGACUGUUGGUCAGUCCUCUGCUGGUGGUUCUACUAGCAGCGCCCGCACCAGCUCGGUAGGCCGAGCUAGUUCUCAGCAGGGCAGGGCUCAGCGAGGUCGUCCUGUGACACAUGCUAGACUGCACGCCAUGACCCAGCAGGAGGGCCGUGAUUCACCGAAAGUUAUCGUUGGUACGUUGUUUAUCUUUCAUCAACCUGCUUUAACCUUAAUUGAUCCUGGUGCAACGCACUCUUUUAUGUCCAGCAGAUUCGCAUGUUUUGCAAAUGUGCCAUCAUCACUCCUUAUUGGUGAGUGGUAUGUUUCUUUACCUGCGGGAAGAGCACUUAAGAUAGAGUGGGUUUUUCUUAAGCGAAGCUUCUCGUGGUUUUCUUAA